GUGACCCGGACGAUGGCGGCCCGCAUGGCCCUAGCCCUGGCCCUAUGGGUACUGUUGCCGCCAGCAGAGGUAGGAGGGGGAGGGCCCCCUCCGAUCCAGGACGGCGAGUUCACGUUUCUGUUGCCCGCGGGGAGGAAGCAAUGUUUCUACCAGUCCGCGCCUGCCAACGCAAGCCUCGAGGCCGAGUACCAGGUGAUAGGAGGUGCCGGGCUGGACGUGGAUUUCACACUGGAGAGCCCUCAGGGUGUGCUGUUGGUCAGUGAGGCCCGCAAGGCGGAUGGGGUGCACACGGUGGAGCCUACAGAGGCCGGCGACUACAGGCUGUGCUUUGACAACUCCUUCAGCACCAUCUCCGAGAAGCUGGUGUUCUUCGAGCUCAUCUUUGACAGCCUCCAAGAUGAUGAGGAGGUGGAGGGCUGGGCAGAGGCUGUGGAACCUGAGGAGAUGCUGGAUGUCAAAAUGGAGGACAUCAAGGAAUCCAUUGAGACCAUGAGGACCCGGCUGGAGCGCAGCAUCCAGGUGCUCACACUGCUGCGAGCCCUGGAGGCACGUGACCGCAACCUGCAGGAGGGCAACCUGGAGCGGGUCAACUUUUGGUCCGCUGUCAACGUGGCCGUGCUGCUGCUGGUGGCCGUGCUGCAGGUCUGCACACUCAAGCGCUUCUUCCAGGACAAGCACCCCAUGCCCACGUAGCCCUGCCUGGAAGGAUGAACUGAAAAGGGAGGGCGGCAGGCCUUCAGGACUGGGGGGGGGGGUAGACCCUCCCUAACUUCCUUUCCUUGGGGAGGGAAGGCUGCUGUACCCUCUCUGGGCUGAGCAGAGAGCGCCCCUGGUUUGCAGGCCUGGGCCUACCACGAGGGGUGGAAAUUGUGCAUGGUGCUGCUGCAGUGCUGGAGUGCAGCCCUUGUUUCCUGGCACCCCAUGUACAUGUGCCUAAGCUGUUCUUUUUCCACUUCCGGGGACUGAACCCAGGGUCUUUGCACUGAGCUACAUCCUUAGCCAUUUUCUGUUUCUUGAAACAGGGUCUUGCUAAGUUGCCCAGACUGGGUUUGAACUUGUGAUCCUCCUGCCUCACCCCCCAGAGUGCUGGGAUGACAAGUGCAUGCCACCACACCUGGCCGCAGAGCGGGCCAGGAAGUGACUCAUUCCCUCCCUUCCCCACCUGGGCUCUCGAUGCCAGGUGUAGCAGGAGGGGCGCCUGCUGCUUGACGCGCCCUGUCCCUGUUUCUCUCCUGCGCCGAGGUGACAGCUGCAGCGUUCUUGCCAGGAGGGGAACUUUAUUUGAUGGGAAGGGGUCCUGGCCUCUUGCGGGGCUGGCUGGGCAGGAGGUCUGGUGACAACUGCAGGAGGUACCUGCAGGACUGCCCAUCCUCCCUUCCUACAGGGGCCCCAACAGGGCCAAGGGGUGGCCUGGCCACAGCCUUCAGGCAGAGCCUCAACGAACAAAAGGCCAGUUGGUCCUGGGUCCUGGGGUCAAUAAAUUAUGGUCAGAAA